AAGGGAACAAACGAUACCGGCAAUGGCAGUGAGUCGGUAGUUUUGCUACGUCGGUGUCGAGGGCGAAAAACGGGUUUGCGUGUCCCUCGGAAAAGUGGAAGAAUCUCCGCCCGACCAUGGUAAAGAUAGAAGACUUCAAGCUGUCGUGCGAGCUGGUCGGCCACAAGCUGGACGUGCGGGCCGUGACCGAGGGCGCGGGCUUCAUUGUGUCGGGUUCGCGCGACAAAACGGCCAAAGUUUGGCAAGCCGUCGGCAACAAUCGGUACGAGGACGUGCAGACGCUCACGAGUCACACCAACUACGUCGGUGCGGUGCUGGUGGUGGAGUCGAACGGAUGGGUCUGCACGGGCAGCAACGAUGCGACGAUCUGCAUCUUUCAGUAUCCGAACGGGCUUGGUAGCGGAACUGCCAACGCGGAACCGAUCGGCGUGCUGAAGGGUCACACGUCCACCGUUUGUGCGCUGGCCGCGGGUCACAAUGCGACGACGCUCAUCUCCGGCAGCUGGGACAAGACGGCCAAAAUCUGGACCAAUGCGCCCGGCUCAAACACGAACCUAACGCUGGUCGGGCAUGAGGCAGCGGUUUGGGCGGUGGCCUGCCUGCCCAGCGGGCGGUACCUUUCCGGGUCGGCCGACAAGAACAUCUUCGUGUGGAACGAGCGGGGCGAGAAGCUGGCGGUGCUGAAGGGCCACAAGGACUGCGUGCGUGGGCUGUGCCCGUUGCCGAAGGGUGGAUUUCUGAGCUGCUCGAACGAUGCCACUGUCCGGUACUGGAGCGACACGUACGAGUGCGUGAAGGAGUUCCACGGGCACAGCAACUACAUCUACAGCAUUGGCCGGUCGGACGCGUGGGGCGAGGAGGUGUUCGUGACCGGCGGCGAGGACAGCACGAUACGCAUGUGGCACCUGCGGGACGGAGCGCUCGGCGACGCACUGCAAAUGCCGGCCCAAUCCGUGUGGGCCGUGGCGGGACUAAAGAACGGCGAUAUGGUGGCCGGCACGAGCGACGCGAUCGUGCGCGUGUUUACGAUAAACGCGGAGCGUACCGCACCGGAGGAGGCGCUGGCUGCGUAUCGUGUGGCGGUGGAGGUCCGGCAGUCGGAAUCGGCCAAACAGCUCGGUGGCAUGAACGUGAACGAUCUGCCCGGGCCGGAAUCGUUGCUGUCGGAGGGGCGCGACGGUCAGACGCGCAUCGUGCGCCACCCGAACGGGAAGAUACUGUGCUACCAGUGGACGAACGGGAAGUGGGACUGCGUCGGUGACGUGAUGGGCGCGAGCGACGGCGAUAAGGGCAAGCAGCUGUACGAGGGCCGGGAGUACGAUUACGUCUUCUCGGUGAACCUUUCGGACGAUGCGCCCAACCUGAAGCUGCCGUACAAUCGGGGCGAAGAUCCGUGGUUUGUGGCGCAGCGGUUCAUCCACAAGCACAACCUACCGCAGGCCUACCUCGAUCAGGUCGCUAACUUUAUCGUGAAAAACUCGGACAGUGCGCCGGUGCAGAGUGCGCUCGCCAAUAGCUACUACGAUCCGUUUACGGGUGGCUCCCGGUACGUGCCCGGUUCGUCUGGCGGACAGUUUCAGCCUACCGCAGCCAAUACGGAUCCGUUUACGGGCGGGUCUAGCUAUACGACGCAAACGCCGAACGUUGCCAUGGCACCGAAUGCGGGAGGAGCUGCAGCUGCUGCAGCGAACGGCGGUAACGGCGGUAACUUGGAUCCGUUCACCGGCGGUUCGAGCUACACGACGGGAUCGACGGAGGUGAAGAAAAGCAACACACACUUCCCGCACAGACACUACAUUUUGCUGGAGAAUGCUGAUUUGUCGAAAGUGCUCGUCAAGUUGAAAGAGCUGAACAGCAAGCUGGAAGACCAGAGCCUGCGCAUGUCGGACGACACGCUGAACGAUAUUGUGCGGUACGCAGGCGAGGUAAUGACGUGCGGCGAGCAAAACUCCGCCUGCCUGACCGCGCUCAAGUUCCUCUACACGACCUGGCCGACGGAGAAGCUGUUCCCGAUCAUGGACAUUACGCGGCUGAUCGUGCGCGAACCGCGCGCCUGCCAGGAGCUGUUCGAGGACGCCUCCUUUAUGGGUACGUUCCUGCAGCACACGAAUCAUCUGCCCGCUAACCAGCUCAUGUCGGCCCGGUGCUUCACGAACAUGCUGGCCCACCAGCCCGGCCGCAACGUGGUGGUGGAGCACAUCCGCGCGAUCGUCGAUCGGUUCGCGGUGCUGCGCGGCAGCAGCUGCAGCCCGAACCUGCAGAUCGCGCUGGCCAGCUUCUAUCUUAACCUGACGAUGACGCAGCUGGACAAACUGUCUUCGGUCGAUUUUUGCAAGGUGCUGGCCGGAACGAUCGGCGAGCUGCUGUGCUGGCUGACGGACAAUGAGGCGACGUACCGCGGGUAUCAGGCGCUGGGCAAUCUGCUGAGCAUGCCGGGCCCGGGCAUGGGUGCGAUCGCCGACACGCUCAAGGGGAACAGUGCCCUCACGGACAAGAUACUGUUCAACAUUAGCAGCGAGCUGCCGAACUUCGGGAAGCUAAACGAAUGUGCCAGCUACCUGUACGAGCUGUUGGUGUGAGGCGGCGAGAGCGUUCAACUCGUGGCCUGCUUUGAACUGCGGAAGGCGUCUUUUUCAUACUAGACUGGUUUACACUCAAUGCUUUAUAGAGAGAGAGAGAAGAAGAUUUGUGAAAUAAACAAAAACAAUCGACACAAUCUUAGUUAGCCUGGCGACUGGUUCCCUCUCCACGCGAAACGGAACCGGGCACAAGGUCCUCUGUCACAUACGAAAUACAA